GCCGUCGCCCGGUCUCCGGACGGGGUUGCGGUAAUGGGGCCGGGAAGUCAUUUGUUGUGGCCGGGCCCCUUUUGACUGCUGUGUAGCCCUGGGCCUUGUGGCUGCUGUUUCAAAUGGCGAUGCUGCCAGUGAUGGAGUGUUUAAAGCAAGAGCUUUAACAGGAGAAGAGUUCUGGCUCUCUAGUGUUAGGGAGGAAAAAUACUCAGGCCGUAAUGUCUUGACCAUUUAUAGGGGGGGAAAUCUCCAGCCUUUGAUUAAAGAAGAAAACACUAGACCAGUUGAUGAUUCCAAUAAGAAACAAGGUGGAAAGUGUGAGACUAAUUCAAAUGUAACAGAGGAACGCAGAUGGAAGCAAAACACACAGCCAGUGGUUCUGAAAGCCUGAAAGAGGCGCGUAUUGAUUUCGACCCAGAAGUAGUCCAAAUAAAAGCCGGGAAAGCUGAAAUUGACAGACGAAUAUCAGCCUUCAUUGAAAGGAAACAAGCUGAGAUCAAUGAAAAUAACAUCCGAGAAUUUUGCAAUGUUAUUGAUUGUAAUCAAGAAAACAGCUGUGCCAGGACUGAUGCAGUGUUCACACCUUAUCCUGGAUUCAAAAGUCACGUAAAGGUUUCUCGAGUUGUAAAUACCUAUGGCCCUCAGACGAGAAAUGAAGGUGCUCAUGGGUCGAAUUACAAAUCUAAUCCCGUCCCUCGUGAUUGUGGGAAUCAAGCUGUAGAAGAGAGACUACAAAAUAUUGAAGCCCAUUUAAGGUUACAAACAGGUGGGCCAGUGCCAAAAGACAUUUAUCAACGAAUAAAAAAGCUUGAGGAUAAAAUUCUUGAAUUGGAAGGGAUGUCUCCUGAAUAUUUUCAGCCUGUAAACUUGUCCGGGGAAAGAAGAAAAGUCCAACCAAACCAAGACUAUUCUUUGGCUGAACUGGAUGAGAAGAUUAGUGGUCUUAGGCAAACCUUGCUGAGAAAAAUAAACGAAGGGAGACCCAAGGUGGUGAAUCAGAUUCUUUGAGAACAGUCAUACGAUUUCAUGCUUUUAUGUGUACUUAACUGUUUUUAGACUGUCUGUGUACUGUUUAUCUAGGCACUGUGGUAAUGACGCUAAACAAUGCAUAGGAACCUAUCUAAUUCUUAGUGGAAACCUAGAUCACUUGAACUCUUGUUUCUUCAAAAUGAAGAAUGCGUUGGAAGUCACAUUGUAAAUGUCUCUUCCUUUCUGUUGGAAGAGCAGAACCGUUCACAAAAGAAAAUAGUACUUCAGUUUUGUUGUGUAAAAAUAACCAUAUUCUGUAUGUGAUCAGAAGAAUGUCUUUUUAAAUAUAGUUCUAUCUAAAGACUGCUAAGUGAAAUCUGAUUGUUCAUAUAGCUUCAUGAAAGAUAUGGGUAGAAGAAUAAACAAGACUUGCAAUAAUAAUGAAA